AAACCGCAGCCGCGCUCGAGCACAAGCCCCGCCGCCGUCUCCGCCGUCUCCGCCGUCUCUUCUCCCAUUCCUCCUCACGCCCCCACCAAGCCCCUCGUUUCCCUCCACCGUUCUCCAAAUCCCUCCCCAUGUCGGAGAAAAAGCGCCGCGCCGGGUCGGACGCGGCCGGUCCCGCCUCCAGCUCCAAGCGACCGCGCGCCUCCUCGGCCGCGUCCUACGCCGAGUCCCUCCGCUCAAAGCUCCGCCCCGACGCCUCGAUCCUCGCCUCCCUCCGCUCCCUCGCCUCCGCCUCCUCUUCUAAAUCUAGGACUGCCGCGAAGUCCCUCGCCGAGCAGGACCCAUCAGAUCCUGCCUCCUCGUACAUCGUGGUGGCCGACCAGGACUCCACCUCCGUCACCUCCCGCAUCAACCGCCUCGUCCUCGCCGCCGCGCGCAGCAUCCUCUCCGGGCGUGGCUUCUCCUUCGCGGUGCCCUCCCGCGCCGCCUCCAACCAGGUCUACCUCCCGAACCUCGACCGCAUCGUGCUCCUCCGCCGCGAGUCCGCGCGCCCCUUCUCCAGCGUCGCCACCGCCCGCAAGGCCACCGUCACGGCCCGCGUUCUCUCCCUCGUCCACGCCGUCCUCCGCAGGGGCAUCCACGUCACCAAGCGAGACCUCUUCUACACCGACGUCAAGCUCUUCGGCGACCAGUCCCAGUCCGACGCCGUCCUCGACGACGUCUCCUGCAUGCUCGGAUGCACCCGGUCCUCCCUCCACGUCGUCGCCUCCGAGAAGGGCGUCGUCGUGGGCCGCCUCGUCUUCGCCGACGACGGGGACCGGAUCGACUGCACGCGCAUGGGCGUCGGCGGGAAGGCCAUCCCACCCAACAUCGAUAGGGUCUCGGGCAUCGAGAGCGAUGCGCUCUUCAUCCUGCUGGUGGAGAAGGACGCCGCAUUCAUGCGCCUCGCCGAGGACAGGUUCUACAACCGCUUCCCGUGCAUCAUUCUCACAGCGAAGGGGCAGCCGGAUGUAGCCACUCGGCUGUUCCUGCGGCGGCUCAAGGUGGAGCUGAAGCUGCCGGUGCUCGCGCUGGUGGACUCCGAUCCAUACGGGCUCAAGAUCUUGUCAGUGUACAUGUGCGGUUCCAAGAACAUGUCGUAUGACAGUGCCAAUCUGACGACGCCGGACAUCAAGUGGCUCGGCGUCCGGCCGAGCGACCUCGACAAAUACAGGGUGCCGGAGCAGUGCCGACUCCCCAUGACCGACCACGAUAUCAAGGUGGGGAAGGAGCUGCUCGAAGAGGACUUUGUGAAGCAGAACGAGGGCUGGGUAAAGGAGCUAGAGACGAUGCUGCGCACCAGGCAAAAGGCUGAGAUACAGGCCCUUAGCUCCUUCGGGUUCCAGUACCUCACCGAGGUCUAUCUGCCUCUCAAGCUGCAGCAGGAGGAUUGGAUUUAAGAACUCUUUGAUGCUAGUUAGCGGUAAUUUCUUUAGUGAGGGAGACCGCAUCCUCGGCUCGAAAUUUUCAAGGAGUAAAUUGACACGAGCGAUGAAGACUUCGCUAACUAGCUCAUAUUUAGCUGUGGGAAAUCUCCUUGUACUAUUUAUGUAUU